UACUUUCUGUACCCACUGUAUAUCAAAAUUAUACAUUUAUAUAGAGAAAUAAUCUAUUUUGUUUGAAGCAGUACUGAGGAUGAAUUUAGGAUUCUCACAGCCUGGGGGGAAAAGCAGCUACGUAGUCUCGUGGUGAGACAACAAAUACUUCUGUAUCUCUUGCCACAUGGCAGCAGGGUGAACAGGCUGCCCAUGACAAAACAAUCAGUUUCUUCCUGACGUACAUUGUUUGUUUUUUUUGUCUUUCAUUCUCACCCUUACUUUGUAACCCUCUGUCUCAACACAAAAAAGAAAAAGAAAACUGAACGCAAAACAUCAUUACUAAAGCUAUUUGUGCACAUCUUGAUCCAUCACGUUUCAUAAUAGAGUAUCAAGUCAGCAUAAUUUUUUGCUCUGCAGUUCACAGUGAUAAAAUGCUCUGGAUGUUUGAUAACAUUCAUGGUUUUUGAAUUACUGCUACGAAUUUUGUGGCACUUUGAAUAUAUGUAAAAGGCUUUACAAUGGGAGACUAGUUUGCUUGAAGUGUAGAUGAGGCAAUAAGGUAAAUGCUGAGUGUGAUAGAGCCGGGACAGAGGCUGUACUUGUUAGACAAUUGUGGAUUUGCCGUGGUGUGUUUCAGGUUAUAGGGAGACACACGAGCAGACGCAGAGAGGUCUGAAAGGACAUAGAAAUUGUAAGAUUGAAGGAAAGAUGAUACCUACAUCAGAAAACUGUGCUGUAACCCUGGCAGCUGUCAUGUCCAUGCUGACAUGUGUGUUGCUACAGGGGGCCCAGGCAGGAGUGGUCGGGGACUUCAACCAUGCCGAGCGCUGUAAGGACUCUCUGUACAUGGGCACUCCACCCCGAGGCUACCUGAGCAACUCCUUUAAGAAGAUCUGCCAGAGGUAUGAGGACAAACCCCGCUAUGUCACCCUGUACGACCCCCACAAACACAUCCCCAUCUAUUCUGCCUAUACGUUCAAGAAGUCGGAUGGGGAGAAGAAGGUGGACUUCCCUUGGAUGUUUGAGCCCCAGCUGGCCUCAGAAAAGAGCAGCAGUAACAUGGAGCCCUUUCCCCAAUCUUCAAGUAUGCAUAUGAACUUUGAGGACACCCAGGCAGUCCUGGAGGACUACGCUGAUGUGGUUCAGUAUGAACGUGGCCAGCUAAAUCCUGACGAGCAUCAGGCUGACCCUCUGGACAAAGCCUCCACCUACAGCUUGACAAAUGUGGUACCCCAGAUCAGGGAGUUCAACCUUGGCCCCUGGUCGGAACACCAGGAUCUCCUCCGCAAACGUCUCAACAACUACUGUCGUGGCAAAGCCUUUGUGGUAACCGGGGUCACCACAUCAGGUCACACGAUCCGUCGCAACAACCUAGACCGGGUGGCUGUACCGGAGUACAUGUGGUCGGCCUACUGCUGCACCGAGUUCGACCAAAACGCACCAUACUUUGUGCGCUACAAGUUCCCUGUGUUUGGAUCUUAUGGGCUGAACGAUCGUGUUAACAACCACAUGGUGGAAGUUCCUCUGAAGAACCUGGAGAAAUUUCUCAAGGGGAGGAUGGAUGUGGACAAAAACUUUCAGAUUUUCUAUAAUGACUGUGUGCCAGAUAACUGAGAUAAAUUGAAGGGGAUCUCUGUUAUAAGUCAAGUUUCAAGUUUGUUGGAAAAUCUACUUGAGACAAAGGCUCUUGCAGCUCAAACUUUACAUUAAACAAAAAUGUGUUGUCAAAUUAUAUUCAAAAUUAGCAAACAAUAAAAUGGGAAUUAAUUGAA